CAAACAUGCGCGCGAGGAGGUGUUUGUAUAUAAAGACGACGCAGGCUGUGGCGAGGGAAUUGGCAGUUCAUUCGAUCACUGGGUGCAUCAAUGGAGCAGCAGCAGAAGCUUUGUAGCCAUAGCUGCACGUCUACUUCCAAAACCAAACGAAAGAGACGAUCCAAUUCCGAUUUCGAUGUCAAUACUACUUUCUCUCUUCUUCUCGCCGCCGUCUCUACCCCUCGCAAUCCCUAUGCUGCCUCCUUGAUUCCCAAAUGCUUGGCGGAGCUCCAUUUCGCUCUUCUUCCACAUUCUCCACACCCUCUGCAAACUCUUCCGUCUUCAAUCCUCUCUCUGCUUCCUCUUCUUAUUCUUUCUGAGCGCCAAGGAAUUGCUUCUCGUGCUGCUGAGAUUGUGGGCGCUGCUUCGCUUCUUUCGCUCCGUAUGAAUGAAGUGAUUGCUUCGGCUGAUGGGGUUGUGAGGGCUUUGAUCUCGGCCUUGGCGUGUUCGAAGAGAAGGGUUGCGUUGGCUGCUUGUAAUGCUGUUAUGGAUUUGUGCACCACGUCCUUUGGGCGGGAAAGCUUGGUUGAGUUCUCUGCUAUCGAGCGUCUUAUAUCUGCAUUUUUGCAGGUUUCAGCCUCUUCAGCGAUGUCAGUUUCCAUAGGCACUGUAUAUAUCGAAAAUUCUGCAAUCCUGAAGGCAGGAUUUGAAGGAGAUGAGCUUUCAGUAUCAAUUCUGAAUGCAGCUAUAGUUCUAUUGAACACUUGCCAUUUCAAACAUUUGGAAAAGAUACCACGCUACUACUUGAAGACAUUCUUGACAUUUUUGAAAAAGCAAUGGAUAGAAGUGCGUAGUAAAAUGAUGCAAAUUAACAAAAUUGAGUGCAGCUGGCAGGAGCAAUUCGAAAUUAGCAAUAUUAGCACCAAUGAUUUGGCCGUGUGUAUUUUUAGGCUUUCCAUCAGUACCGAUCAAGUUAGCAGAGUUUUUCCGGUGAAGGAAGUUAAAACGUUAUUGGGUUUAAGUGGGUCGAACUUUGAAGAAUUCAUGCUUAACCACUGGGAAUCAUCGCCAUGUCUCAUGCAGAAAUCCUCAACAACCAUAAAUGAAGAAGCUGAUAUUAUCGGAUCAUUUGUGGGAUCUAUAACCUCAAUUGAAACAAAUCUCUCCUUUAUUUCAUCAAUGCUUGGAAGAUUAGUUUCUUGUAAUCCUAUUGCCUCAGAUGAACUAGACAUACAUAAUUUCUUAGAGGAGGCACGAAAUGAAUUGGGAUUUCCUUUAAUUUAUCAGCAAGAUAUACGUGUCUUGAGAACUGAUGAGUGUUUGAAAAGAGAGAUACAUUUCUUUCAGAAAACUUUUGAGCCAUGUUGCUUAAAGGGUCCUCAUUUCUUAAAGUUAAAUGAUGCGCUAAAGUGUGAAGAAGCUUUUAAAGAGGGUUAUACAAUUGCUCUGCGUGGCAUGGAAUUUCGGUAUGAGAAGAUUGCUGCUAUUGCAAAUACUUUAGCAUCUCUGUUUGGUCAGCCAUCUGUAGGUGCUAAUAUGUACUUGACUCCUCCAGGUUCUCAGGGUUUGGCUCGUCAUUAUGAUGAUCAUUGUGUGUUUGUAUGCCAGCUUGCUGGAAGCAAGCAGUGGACAGUUUUUAGUCCGCCAAAGAUGUGUUUACCUCGCUUGUAUGAUGCUAAUGAAUUCCCACGUUGUUCUGAGGUUGAGAGUCCAUUGGCGGUUGGAAGGCAGUUUUUACUAAGGGAGGGUGAUGUAUUAUAUAUUCCUAGAGGAUUUCUUCACGAGGCUCGUACUGAAAAUAAUGGUCCAGAUGGGUCUUCUCUACACCUUACCUUUGGUAUUGAGGUCGAACCACCUUUUGAGUGGGAAGGAUUUGUUCAUACUGCUGUCUAUUGUUGGAAUUGGAAAGAUAACCCAAAGCAAUAUGAUACUUUGUUUGGAACUAUGUCAGUAGAAUUGCUGCACUUGGCAAUUUGGUUAAUUAGUGUAUCUGAUCAUAACUUUCGAAAGGCUUGCUUGGUAGAAGCAAGUUUUCUGCCCUCAGAUAACAAUAAUAUGCUUGACCAGAACCAGAAGACUAUUUUCAGUAGAUUGAUAGAUAAAAUUAGUAGAGAGUCAAACUUCUUGGAAGUGCUUGCUGGUAUUAAAAUUUCAGUUGAGAAAGACGAAGACCCCUUUCAUCGGAUGAGAUGGCUUAGGCUUCUCAAUGUAGAUGGAAAAGAAAGUGUCAAAGAAGAUCAGUGGACUAUGCCCUCAAUUGGUAUCAGAGAUCUGUUAUCCACUUGUGCUACUCAUAGAGAAAAGGUAGAAACUACAUUUGUGGAGGUGAAGUCCAGAUUUUGUAGGGAAGUUCGAUUUGAAAAUGCUGCGGAGUGCUACAAAAAGUUGCUCGAGAGGUUCAGAAAUGUCAGAAGUCAAUACACAAUAGGAAUGAUUUCUUUGCAUUCAAUUACGAGUGAUUAAUGUGUCUGGUUCUUUGCCAACUAUGUUUCCUAUUUCGAGCUAUUGAGUUUCAUAUAUAUUUUGGCAAGUUCCUAGCUCAAGUAAGCGCGAAAGUCUGACUUAUCUGCAAUGAUUCUAUCGUAUAUGAAAAAAAAAACGAGCAUUUGAUAGAUUAUAAAACAAAAGAGAGUAUCUGAAGUUCAGUACACGUAUGAAUAGUUCAUUUCAUCUUUAAAGUUGAUAUGUUGUCUAUGGCUAUGGAUGUUUGGGCGUCGGAUUUGGAUGCGUUGUCACUCCAUGAUAAUCAAUGUGGUAGACAAGUUCGCCCAUACGGUCGAUACUUGCUUCAUAUUCAGGUAUGUUGGAGGAAAUAUCUUUUGCAGACGGUCUAUUGAACUCGUCUUUGUGAACCUGCAUUUUGGCAUAUCCAUAACCAUAAAUAAGGAAAUAUCAGUACAUGUUUAGGGUGGUGAAAUCCAUUGGCACAGGUCUUCCUGUGUAGGGAGGUGGAGAUUGCAAACGAUGCACUGAAAGAAGAUAGAAGAGAUUAAAGAGAAGGAAAAAGAAAAGAAAAUAUGGUCGGCAUUCUAGUGCUGUAUGCAAUAAAUGUAUGGCACUGAAAGAGGUGUGCAUUUCUCAACUUUUCAACGUGAUUGAUUCUUGCAAUAGUUAACAUCACCAAUGGCUGCACUGGAGAUUCCCCAGUGACAAAUGAUUUGAAAGGGAAGUGGUAAAGUGAAUUAAUCAACUGAUGUAAGUGUCUUCAAUCCAGGCUUCAUGACAUGACUUCCUUUUGUUUUAUUUCUAUGAAUAUGAACACUUCAGAUCUGAA